AUGGUCAAACCACAGAAGUCGGUAAUACUACAAUUCUUAUUGCUUUUCUCCAUCGCCACCGUCGGCAGCCGUCCAACCACCAUUCGCCGCCGUAGUCUAUCACCAAAUUGUGACCCAAUUUUUGGAGUCUGUAGUGAUCAAUGGCCUUUCCUCCGCCGCCAAAUUCCGCCGGUCGUCCUCCCACCACCGGCGGAUUCUGAUCCGUCAUUCUCGCCGUUAGUCACCUCCCCACCACCGCCACGCUACACCCUUCCUCCACCAUCGGAUUCAGAUCCGUCUUUCUCACCACUCGUUGCAUCCCCACCACCACCACAUCCAUUUAUCCCUGAUCUGUCACCGUUUGAUCAUGAUAUAAGUACAGCUCCACCGCUAGUGGCGUCGUCGUUUUCACCACCGGCUGUCGCUGACGAACUCCCACCAGAGAUCUCUCUACCACCACCCGCACAAGACAGCAUGCAGCCAGAACCCUUUAACGUCCCAGCACCACCACUGGUUCCGAUAGUAUCUCAGCCAUAA